AUGUCGAGAUCAUCGAACAAACGCCCUCCCGAAACCGACGAGUCCGAUUCAAGCCCAAAAAGGCCCAGACCCGACUCCUCUAAUCGCAGCGUUUCGACAAACAGCGAUAACAGCGGUGCAUCCUCCCACAACACCGGCUCACACGAGCUAAGCUCGCCAAGUUCCCCUUCUUCCUCCUCUUUAGCUCCUACUUCUUAUUCGGCUUUCUCAUCAUCGUCGAGUGGUCGCCGCGAUCGUGAUGAUUUAAGUCCUGUCGCGCCCAACGGCGACGCUGUACAUUCAGUACCGAGCGAAGAUGAGGAAAACGAGCCUAUAAUACUCACACGCCCUAAACCUCCUAUGUAUCGCAUCCCUACUUCCGACCUAUCAGCGCGUCUCGCGGCAUUUCUCCCCGCUCUCAGAGCUGCGAAUGACACUCUCGAAAGAGACAUUGCUGCAGGAAAAGUAAUGAGUGCCGAAAUUCACGACGAUAGUGAGGACGUCAAUGAUCGCGCCGAUGUCCUGGAACAGAAAUCGGAUGAUGAGUCUGAGGCUAGUAGUGACAGAAGCCCUGGUCCUUCCAAUGGUGAAAGUGAGGGCACCCGGUGGUCCGGAGGCGAUACAGAUGUCUUGGAUAGGUUAAUGGGGAAUAAACCCAUAACAACAAGGCCAAUAAUUGAAGAGAUGGAACAAUGA